UUAUAAGCGGGCGCGCGCGGGGUGGUGGGGAAUGGUGGGGAAGGUGUGGCCUUGGUGCCAGUUGCUGCGGUUGUCUAGACGCGCUUGACGAUGUACUCAGUACGGCACUGGUCCGAGUACACGUGCUUGUUGUCGCUAACGGACCCUUUAACCGAACCGAUGCACAAAUCGCUCGUCAGAUAGAAGUCGAGCUUGCCCUUGGCGUCCUUGCGACCACUUCCGGGAAUCUGGACGUUCUGGCGCUGGCCGCCCUUGUUAUCAUCUAAGACACAAUUUUGCAUCUGAAUCGGGCUUCCACCGCUGGAGUAGCCGUUGUUCCUGCCGUAGAGGGCGACACAGCCGUUGUAGUCGCCGCUUUUGGAUUUGAAGCGGAGGCGGCUGAGCGUGCGGCAACCGUUGGGGCGGCCGGAGGGGGCCCAACCUCGGAUAUUGGCGCUGAACCUGCUAGGGCUCGGUUUAGCCGCUGUAAACCACGACAACGACGCAUUACUUGUUAAAGAGGCAGAGUUGGCUACGGCGCGGCGCCUUGGUACAUCAGAAGUACACAUUCUUGCCAUACAGGGCAAUCUCGCAACCACGUAUGAAGAGCUUGGACGGUUUGAAGAGGCCGUUCGUCUGCGACAGGACGUAUGUUCAAGACGUCUGGAGCUUUUUGGCGAGGAAAGUGAAGAUACCCUCAUGGCAAACAACAACUACGCGGCGACGCUGCAUGACCUGGAGCGCUUCGAAGAAGCCAAAUCACUUUUUCAAAAAUCGAUACCCGUGGCGCAACGUGUUCUCGGAGAUAGUAAUGCUCUCACGCACAGGAUGAAGUGGAAUUACGCGAAGGCGCUCUACAAAGACGACGGCGCUACGCUCGAUGAUCUCCACGAGGCGCUGACGACGCUCGAGGAGACGGCGCGGCUCGCGCGGCGCGUCCUCGGGAGCGCGCAUCCGCUCACCAAGGACAUAGAGGCCGAACUACCAAAGUCGCGAGCCGCGCUCCGCGCCCGCGGGACGCCGCCGGGGAGCGCGUAAACGGUGUACUAACAAAAC